UGGACUUGCCAAUGUUGAUAGUGGGGAGUAAAAAAAAUCCAAUACCAAUAUAUACUUAUAUUUAAAACAUAUUUAAGACCUUGUACGUAAUAUCUUAACGUAUUCAACAAUUUAAAUUCAGAUUAUCGAGUUUUAGACUUUUAAGAACCAGCAGUAAUUGUCUAUUCACAGUUUGUUUUCACUUUCUGAUUUCACAGGAAUAAUUCACAGAUCUUGAUGAGAACAAUAAUACAUUUAAGGGACUGGUUGAGGUCUCUAAUAUAUAUAUAUAGUAACAAAGGAGAAAAACGCCACAGUGAUAUCAGAGAGGGACGCACCACUGUGAAAGAGAGGAACCUUCCCCUGUUCAGAAGAUUUGCAACUUUCUACUUCAAACGAAUCCGAUUAGACCAGUGAUGGAGGGUUCGAUUCCCCCAAACGUGUGGACAGGUACGAUUCAGCAGAGCCUGAUGGAGGGCAGGGUGCCUCAACAAAUAAGCUACCUCAUGGAGCUGCUGGCCAGGGAGAGUGCCAACUUUAGUACAGAGCACCACUGGAGGAUCCAACUGAGCCAAGAGCUGCAGGAGCUCCAACAGGAGCUGGUCCGGCAGAAGAGGCUGAAGGAAAUGUUCAUCAACAGAGGAAAGGGCACAAAGCAGGAGCUGGAGAGGCUACAAAAGUACAGCAACGCAGAAACCCUCAGCGCCGCAAGGAUCACUUCUCAGGUGAACAACACCAUCAAGAGGAGGAAGAAAAAAGACCUUCAGAAAGACUACGAGGAGCUGCAGGUGGCUUACAUCAUCAAACAGGAGAGGUUUAACAAUGAGCUCCAGGAGGAGAAGAAGAAGAAUAACGCUCUCCAAGAAGAGCUGGAGAUGCUCAGAGCUUCUUACCAGGAGAUCAGCCAAAGCCGUGGAGCUGAUGUUCUCACUGCCAGGCUGAAGGCUGACCACCUCCAGCAGGAGCUUGAGAUGCAAAUCAGGCUUCGUGAAGCAAGAGUGUCACAGGAUGAGCUCCAGAUGAAAGACCUGAGGGACGAGCAGGACUCCCUCUGUCAGCAGAUGAAAGAAAUGAGACUCUGAGCAGGAAACCAUUUCACAGCAAGAGAUGGAGGAGCUGAAGAAUGAGUUCAAUAGCUCUGUGGAGAGGGUCAGGGGGAUCACACUGUGGAGUGGUCUCUCUCCAAUGUUCUCCGUGAUCCAGUCCAAGAAGAGCUGGAGAAGCUCACAGCUUCUUAUCAUGAAUUCUACCAAAGUCACAAGGCUGAUGUUUCCAGGACUGAGCUCCCUGAGGAGCCGGAGAACCGUUCCACUGGGGGAUCUUCUGCGUUGGAACUCCACCACCAGCUCCUUCGUUCUACUGAUGUUCAGCUGCAGGUGACGUCUGCCACAGUCCUGGUGUAGCUGAGCGGUGUGGCUGCUCCAGGUGUUUGCUCUGUGAAGCAGGUCGACGAUGGGAUCAUCAUGAGCUGGUCUUCACUUCCCUCACAUUGACACACAGGAAGUCCAAGGUCUCACCUCCAUCCUCUUCUGUUCUCACCAUCGCUGCUGCUUGUGUUCCUCGUCUCCGGACUCUCAGCUCCCCGGGAUCUUUGUGCUGUAGGAGCUGCUCACCUGAGUAGUCCAGUUUCCAGUGUGUGUUGACUUGCAGUUAUUUGUGGUAAAAUGUUAUAAAACUUUAAAAGUGAGGCGCCUGUUGAAUCAGUCUCUCGUCCAAAAGUGUAAGUUGGUUUAAAACGCUCUUAAAGGGCCAGUGUGAGAGAUUCAGGUGAACGGAUCCAUCGACAGAAACUUAAUAUAAAAUAAUCUUACUGAUGUUUUCACGUCGUCUAAAUUAUACAAAUUGUGGUUUUAUUUACCCUAGAAUGGGCUUUUAUACUGAAAUACUUUCUAUUCACAUCCUCUAUGGAGGCCACCAUGUUUCUUGUAGUGGCCCAGGCUGGACAAACUACAACUGAAGGUUCCCACAGAUUCUCUUUCAUGUUUGGAGGGGGAUGU